CCCGAGCUGAAGAUCGAAGGUUUGUUUGUUUCCCCAAACAUCAGAAGCCAUGGCGAUGAUCUUCCUGUCGGGGCUGGCGAUGUCGUCGUACUUCCUCGCGCUGUGCUACAUGCUGAUGACAUUCAUGGGCAUCUCCAAGCUCUGCAGCAACAAGAACCUGUCGUAUUCCCGGACGACGCAGCUGCUCAUGGUAAGCGUCUCCCUCGGGUGCCUGUUUCGGGCCGCGACGUUCUCGACCCUGUGCUUUCUCGACUUUCAACACACUGAGUCGGGGUUGUCGCCAUUGAGCUCGCCCGUGCACGUUCCGGAGGUCACGGCGCCCGAGGAAUCAGACCUUUCGUUCUACAACAAGGUCGUGGCGGUGCUGUUCAAUCUCCCCGACUACCUCUUCGUGUCGUCGUACUUGCUCGUGGUGCUUCUCUGGGCCGAAACAUAUCAAUCGUCGCGGCGCCAUUGGUUCUCCGCAGAGCAGUUCCAUCGCCGGUGGAUGAUCUUCUACCUCAUUUUCAACGGAUUGCUCUACUUGACCCAAGUCGUGCUCUACGCCCUGCUAUUUCUCCGUGCAGAUCCGUCUGCCAUUGCUGGCAUCUACGAAAACGAGGAAGGCACGCAGCUGGCGCUGGUUCCCACCCUCAUCUUUGACUGCGUCGCUGCCGCCGACCUCUGCCUGCCGCUCAUUAUCUUCAUCACGUGGGUCUACUUGACGUUAACCCUGUCUGGGUUUCCCUACAAGUCGCACCACGCCCAAAUCAAACUGGCCAAGAUUGGUCGCUUGGCCAUGGCAUGGAGCUUGGGGCGAAUUCUAUACAGCGUCAUGAUGUUGCUGACGUUCACACGGGGAUGGUUCAAUGUUGGCAAGAACAAUGCUACAACACAAUCCAUGUUGCUGGUGGCGCUGUUCAUGGCGGCAGAGAUUCUGCCGAUUUACAUUCUCAUCGACGCCGACUUGUUAAGAUUAUUGUCCAUGGAUGCUGCUUACGAGCAAAUCUUAGAACCGUAAGAACGUUGUAACUGCAAGCUGGCUGUGAAUUGUUUGUAUGAUCCGAAUUCAAAAGGACCAAUCAGCGACCGAGACGGUUGAUGGUGGCCAAUCAGAACGUGAGUUUGUUGCGAACCAACCAACGUGUAAACGCAAUCGUAACUUACUACAUAACGUUAACUUCAGCCUAUAUCGAU